AUGCUUGUGUUAACGGUACUUGUGGGGCUCGCCUCUUUGGCGAUGCCCACAUUUGCUCUUCCUCAUGCUACCCGAAAUACCGCCGAUUAUCGAAUUCCUGACCACUGCUAUCCCAAUCCUUGUGCUGGAAUCACUUCCCAAAAUGACACCUAUGUUUGUGGUGACCCACGCUUAGGGCCUGUCAAGGCACCCAGGAAGUUCCCUCUCGACAACGAGUUGCAAAGUUAUGAGCGCUUUGGCUCUCUAUGUCCUGUGGCAUUCCUCGAGAAAUGGGCCGGAUCAACGAGUCCUGAUGCUUCCUACAAAUACCCACCCGCCAACGGUUUUGUUGUCAACACUGAUGGGGCCCCGAUCAUUGGCAAUGCCACGCUGUCUGUGGGCCAGAAGGUCGAUCGCUUCGGUUCAGAGUAUGGAAAAUUCCUGGCACCGCUAGGCGCACCCUACAUCCAGCGUGCAUUACCACCAAGUAACUUGAUUACCUAUGAUGGCGAUCAUCCGUUCAACUAUUAUGUAUAUGAAGUGACGAAGAGCUUCGUUGUAGGACUGGGGCCUAUCGCGCCAUGGUUUGAACAACCGGGUAUGGGUACUCAAUUUGUGACUUAUGCAAGCGUUAAGGAUCUCCUGGCUGAGGGAUAUCUGCAACGAUUGACGCCGGAUGAAUACGACGACCCUCGAGAAUUUUCAGAUGACUAUACCCCUGGCCCAUCCAAAUUCAAGCGCCAUUGA